GUCCGUCCCGCGGGUGCGCCUCGAGUACUCCACUACCCUAGAAUCGCGGCGGCUACUCCGGGACUAGUGGACUGGUGGCUGCCGCCAGGCCGCGCCGCCCUGGGGGCAUUUUGCUAAUUACAGUGCGAGGGUAACCCUUGCAUUACAUUAAAAACGGGUCCUGUCCUGCGGAGCAACACAAGGCAUAACACACGUCGCAUUCUUGCGUACGAGGGUCGCAUUUUCACGCCCGCGGAGCGCUCGAGUGCUUGCCAGCGCUGCUGGCGCGCCGGCCUUAACCGUCUGACCGCGGCGCUCACGUCGAGCGCACUGCGCCGCAAAUUGACCGCAGUCCUCACAUAAUUGGCCGCCUUGCUACGGAUUAUACGACGUGAGCACGACCACAGGAGGAAUGCUGCUCGCGAGGCGUCUGAGCACGCAACGCGCGUUCGUGGUGCGCGACGAGGUGCGCGCGGCGGUGGCGGCGCGGCGGCCGGUCGUCGCGCUCGAGAGCACCAUCAUCACGCACGGCAUGCCGUUCCCGCGCAACCUGGAGGUCGCGCGCGCGUGCGAGGCGGCCGUGCGGGAGCGCGGCGCGGUGCCGGCGACGGUCGCCGUGCUCGCGGGCGCCGUCCGCGUGGGCCUCGCGGACGCGGAGCUCGAGGCCGUCGCGGCGAGCGGGCGCGCCGGCGCCGCGACGAAGGUCUCGCGGCGCGACCUCGGCUGGGCGGUGCAGCGGACGCGCGCUGACCCCGCGGCCUGCGGCGCGACGACCGUCGCGGCGACGGCGUGGGCCGCGCGCAGGGCGGGCGUCCACGUCUUCGCAACGGGCGGGCUCGGCGGCGUGCACCGCGGCGCGUCCGACACGCGGGACGCCGUGUGGCAAUCAACCGGUGAGUGAGGUUAGUGGACCUUCGUGACGCUCGGAGCCAUCAAGCCGACGCGGUCGCGGCGAAAAUUGAGUUCCACGCAGGUGGGACGUGAGCGCCGACCUGGACGAGCUGGGCAGGACGCAAGUGCUCGUCGUCUGCGGCGGCGUCAAGUCCAUCCUCGACGUGCCCAAGACGCUCGAGGCCCUCGAGACGCGCGGCGUGGCCGUCGCCGCGCUCGGCACGCGCGACUUCCCGGCCUUCUUCUCGCUCCGCUCGCCCGGCGUCGACGGCGCGCCGAACCGCGCGCCGCUCCGCGUCGACUCCGCCGCCGAGGCCGCGGCCUGGUUCGGCGCGCACCGCGAGCUGGGGCUCGCCUCGGGCUGCGUCCUCGCGGUGCCCAACCCGGCGCCGCUCCAGACGGAGGCCGUCGAGGCGGCCACGCGCGACGCGCUCGCGGCGGCGCGCGACGCGGGCGUGGCGGGCGCGGACGCGACGCCCUUCCUCCUGGCGGACCUCGAGCGGCGCACCGCCGGCAGGUCGCUCGACGCGAACGUGGCCCUCGUCCUCAACAACGUCGCCGUCGCGGCCGACGUCGCGGCCGCGCUGGCGCGGCCGCCGCCCGCCCGCCCGCCCGCCGUCGUCGUCUGCGGCGCGGCGGCGGUCGACGUCUGCGCGACGGCCGCGGCGGACGCGGCCGGCACGUCGGCGCCCGGCGUCGUGCGCGCGUCGCGGGGGGGCGUCGGCGCGAACGUCGCGAGGGCGGCCGCGCGCGCCGCGCCGACGGCGCUCCUCGCGACGACGGACGCGUCGACGCUCGAGAGCCUCGCCGAGGCCGGCGUCGACGUGCGCGGCUGCGCCACCGCCGCCGCCGCGCCGACGUACGUCGCGCUGCACGGCGCCGACGGCGACCUCGUGGGCGGCGUCUUCGCCGGCGCCGCCGACGCCGCGGCGUGGGACGCCUCCGCCGUGGCGGGCGCGCGCGUCGUCGUCGUCGACGCGAACCUGAGCAAGGACGCGUACGCGGCGGUGCUGGCGGCGCUGGACGACGCGACGGAGCUCUGGUUCGAGCCGACGUCCACGGCCAAGGCCGCGGCUGCGUUCGCGGAGAUCCGGCACCGGUGCGACGUCGUGACGCCGAACGAGGCGGAGCUCGCGGCGCUCCUGCGCGCGUGCGGCGGCGCGCCGGUCGGCUUCGAGCGGGACGCCGCGGCGCUGGCGCAGCGCGCCGGGGCGGCCGUGAUCGCCACGCGCGGCGCGCGGGGCGCGGUGCUCGCGACUCGCGACGGGCGGGUCGCGGCGCUGCCCGCGGAGCGCGUCGCCGCCGGCCUCGCGAACGGCGCCGGCGACGCGUUCUGCGGCGCCGCCGCCGCCGCGCGGGCGGCGGGGCGCCCCCUGGAGGAGGCGUGCCGCGCGGGCGCGGCCGCCGCGGGCCGCGUCGUCCGGGGCGCGGAUUCAGCCCCCGCCGUCGUGUUUUAAUACUAGUAGUAAU